CGAAUCUUUUCAAUUUUUUUUGUUACGUGAGGCUCUUCAUCUUCUACUGCUCGCCGUCCCCCACACUUGUAGGUAGCCUAGUCGGUGUUGUGAUUGUGAACGACUCUCUGAGUCCAGCCUUCGGAACAAGUCUGCAUCCGAACAAUCUCUAAUUAUAACCUAUUUAUUUGCGCAUCACCACCUCCUAGUUUUACUUUUACAUUUACACGAUUUAUUCACAAGGCUAGCAACAUGUUACAAUCUUCCCGCAGCUCUCUCCUGCAUUUGCUGCUCAUUGUAAGCACCACCUCCACGACUACCGAUGCUCGGUCUUUGUUAAACCUCGCCAACAAACUGUCCCGCAGCUGGACCAGCGUUUCGGAUUUGAGCACCACGGCCUCGUCCUCAAGAACCGCCGACUUGCUACAACAACCGUGCUCUUCUUCUACCGCUACACCUCCAAGUGCUGCUGGGAAAAAUGCAUCACAAGUUGUUCCACUCCUUCCGCGCACUUGCUCUCAGAGUUUGUCUUCAAGUGAUGCUCCUGUUGACGCGCAGCCGCCGACGGAAGUCCACGAGACCGGCGCACCAUCGUCGAGUGACGGAUUUAACCUCGGCGCGGAGGGAAACAAUCGGAACGAAACCUUAGACGCAGCCGCGUCAGCCGUUACGCCCAUGUCCAGGCAGGCGUCUACAUUGAGUUCUUCCUCCGGAGCAGGCGGGCCGCGACCUUCAAUCCUGCAAAUGCACCCUAUGUUGUUGGGCGGCGGCGCUUUGCACCUCUUGCCAACCUACUUGACGAGCCUGACGCCACUAGAAGGCGCACCUCCGUCGAAUCUACUUGUGGCAGCAAGUAAUAGGAGCGCGGAAGGUGGUCGUGGUGCUGGUGGCGGGGAUGGGGAAGAAAGCGAAGUGGAUCUUGAGGAGAGCAGCGACGUCAACACCUUGAAGCAAAAAAGACGUGAAAAGAUUUCUAGGACUACUUCAUCCGAAGAUGAUGCCGAAAAGCAAGGUGCACCUGGUCAAGCGCAGGAUCUGCAGGACGAGGCCAAAGCAGCUGCGCAGAAAAAGUGGCAGGAGGCCUUUCGCGACGUGAUGCAGCGGAGGUUGGCGUUGCAAGAGCAGUUCCGAUCCGUAGUGGAGGCGAGCCAGGCGAGCGUGCAGGAAAGAACAGCGGAAAGGGAAGCUGCUGCGUCAGGUGAAGGUCUGCAAGACGAAGAUGACGAUGAGACGGAAAACGGCGGAAAAGGGAGUGAGGACACGCGAUCCCGCGAGGCUGCUCUUCACGAAAAGGAAGAGCAAGUUGCGGGGGACCUUCACGUCGACCACGAGCCGAUCGCUCUGCCGUCUGGAUCUGGUUUCACGACGAUAUUGUUGGAUCCACCGAGCACGACGAACGACGAAGCAGCAAGCGCCAACUCCACUUCUACCGACGUUAAGGUGACCGAAGGUUCUGAAGAAGAGCCGCCGCAUCAAGACAACGUCCCACCAACUGAGGCGUCCUCUUCAACCUCCUCCCCGGAAGCACAGGAUCACCGGAAAAACAAGAACUCUUUGUACGCGACUCCAGAAAUAGCGGCAAAAAACGGCGCGAGCCAACUUUUCGACAUGACACUGGACGACGAGGAGGAGGAGCGGGCGGGGAAUGUGAACGCCACCACACCCUCGGUGGACGAUGACGCCGAGUGGUUGGUGGCCAGACCACUGGUCUUGUCAAGACAGCAUUCCUUAUCCGACGGGGAGCAGGAAGGGCAGCUGCAGGAAGCCGGUGGUGAACUACGUGAUGAAAUGAAAGUAGACCACAAUGAGAACAACAAGCUCUUACCGGGAGGACCACCGUUGCAACACGAUUCCGAUUCGGAUUCGCCGCCGGGUGUUCAGACGACGACCGGUCAGGAGGUAGAAUUAGCUGGACUGGAGGACCUGAUCAAGUUCAAGAACAACGAGGGUGCGGCGGACGGGAAAGACGAGGCGAAGGCGAAUAAACCUCGUCCACCUGUGUUGCAAGUGUAAGUUAGUACGGACUGUUUUUGGUUUGUUUUGCUCUUGUUCCUCUUCCUUGUCGUCGCAUCUUGCUGAUAAACAAAAACAUAAACUGACCGCGAUCGCACCCACGAGCCUGUUUUUGAAGUGAUCGUAGGAGGUAUCUACUCACGAAUUAUUGAAGAAAAAAGAAACCGAAAUAAACCUUAACCUAAACCUUCUAUAUCCAGGUUCGACAUGAGCAAAGGUGACGGUCACAUGUCUCCGGCAAACGACAAGCACGAAGUUUUGUUCCGCACGGCAGCACCGACACCGAGUGACGAUCAGGAGUUCGUCGUGAACGCAUUGUGCCAAGGAAUGAACAACCUCGGUUUGCUGGACGUCGAGGCAGCAUCCUUCAUAAAAGACGGCGAGCACGAGAUCACCAAGCUCAUGACAAACAAGGAGCCGCCCCUUGAAGAUCACACGGAAACACCAGGUUCGGAACAGACGCCGCUUUGUCGCGACGAGGAGAACAAAAAUGAUGUAGAUCUCGGUGAAGUGGAGUGCUGUGGCACCGCCUCCAACAGUGAAGAGCGGGCUAGUACAUCGGUUACGGUACCAGCAGGGGAUCAUCAUUCUUCCGAACCACAACAACAAGCGCCAGCGAAAGUAGACGGGUCCCAGCUGCGCAGCCUGUACUGCGAUAGCGAGGAUGAUGACAAGCAAACGACAAGGAAGUCCAUCUUCUCGUGGCGCAGGAAGAAAACUAGUUGUACACCAAAGCCCGGGGAAGACGUCGGUGCGAAGAUGAACAUCAAGCGCGGUAAAAAAUGCUGUUGUUUUUGCCGACGGGGAACAACGACAAGCGAAAGUUCCGCUUCGUCUACAACGACAUCAAUGGGCUCUUCAUCGUGCUCGAAGGAAACCGAAACCACCGCCGACAAUAGCAGGAACAGCGGAGUAGAACAAGAUCGCGGCGCUCCUAUCUGCGUUGGAGGAACUGAUGCAACUACUUCCGAGGUCCUCGUGCCAGCUGCUUCACCCACGACCUGUAUAGGUCCUUGCAACAAGAUGAACAAACUCUUCCGCAGUAGACCGGGCCCGCCGCCACUUCUCGCCACCACCGCCGCACUAGCCGCUGCAGCUGCGUCCUGUUGCGGCGUCGCGUCCCUCGCCGGAAGUAGAUUAUCUUCCGUAGAAAAUUCGAAUUUGUGUUUUCCAUUUUCUUUUUCAUCCUCCCUGUUGCCGUCUUUUGGAGCGGAGAGAACAGCGGCUCGCACCGUGAACGAGUUUCUUGCCACCACCCUCCAGGAUUCGGUAGCCUACGCGCACAACUUCGGACGGGAAGCGCUUUGCAACCACCAGCCGUGGAUCUCGUGCUCUUUGAAGAUGUGCUGCACAGGGGACGAGAUCGCUGGCAUCAGCACGGCCAGUUUGGCGCACGACCUCGCUGAGAACAAAGAUAGUUCCUUCGGCGUGAUUUCGGAGUGGGGUGGAGAAAACGGUCUAGGCGCUCCACCAGGGGUCUGAAGAAGCCGCGGAAACACAACGUAAAAACGGUUGUUUUAUUUGGUCUCGGUCUGUAGUUGCGUCAACACUUUCACAGCCAAAUGGGCCGACCAAUUUAGGCGACAACUGCAGACAAGAACUGGCCGAAGAAUUUUCCAAAACAUACAACUAUAGGUAUCCGUACUACAACUGUCCAAAACGUGCAUGAUUUAUGGUCCUUUUUUCUUUGGAGCGCUUCAUUUCAUUUCCGUAUAGAAUUCUAAUUUGUAGAGCUGGCAAUUUUGUACUCACCAUUUUUCAGCAAUUUUGUACGACCACGAGAAUAAAAACUUUUCAAAAUUAUAGCAUUUACAAAGAUACCGCGACUCGCGACUUCGUUUCUAACGUGUAUCUUGGGCAAUGUGAGAUUUUUCGCACGCUCCACCUCGUUCUUAGCUCUUUCACGAAAUCUUCGUCUUUAUUUUCUGCAAACCAAGCAACACGACCUUCACAAUAACGCAAAACAGCACGGUGACACAACGUCUAGGAUAGAAAAGAAAACCUAUUUGCCGUGGCUUGCAUCUAUAUACUUUUUU